AUGCCACCUCCGUUUCGCUAUGUCAUCACCGAUAUGGACGGCACAUUGCUGUCGCCGGACCAUGUGGUGAGCGACUACACCCGUGACACGCUCAAGACGCUCGUGCAUCAAUACGGCGUAAUACCCAUUUUGGCGACGGGUCGUAUCUAUGCUGAUGUGAGCAUCGUGGGUGAAAAACUCAAGAAGUACAUUUGGGGCGAUGACACGGCAGUACCCGGCGCCCAGGAGCCUGCUAGCCCAUCGAGAGCUCCAGAGCUCUACCUGGUAACCUCCAACGGCGCUGUGGUGCACAACGGUGUAACACACGAAGUCGUCUUUCAGACCUCCAUCGAUCCUGCACUGGCGGAGAAGCUGCUCCAGAUUCUGCCGAGCGACGAGACAGUUGUGAACACAAACGCCUACCAGAAUGAUGACUGGGUGUGCCGCAUCAACUGGCCGGAAAUGCUGACUCUUUACAAGGAGAGUGGAUUUCGCUUCAUUCAUGUACCCAAUCCGCUGCCGUCGUCGAUGUACUCAUCAGCCUCGGUUGUGGCAUCGUCCGCUGCGACAGCGCGCGGUAUUGCGAUUGGCAACUACACAGGUAUUUCCAAGAUCUUCUUCAUUACCGACGACGCCGCUCGUCUGCAGGCACUUACAGACGAGGUGCGCGUCAUCGCCAAAGCCCACGGUGGUGCACCGGUGUCGCUAACCUUCUCGAUGUCGGACUGCCUGGACAUCAUGGCGAGUGGCGUGACGAAAGGCGAGGCGCUGAAGAAGCUCUUUGCCAUCAUCCUGCCGCCGAAGGAUGGAGUUGAUGUUGUCGCCGACGCCCUCGCGCACUCUAUUGCGUUUGGCGACGGACUCAACGAUGCAGAAAUGCUCGCAGCCGCCGGUAAGGGGUGUGUCAUGGGAAAUGCAAACCCAAAGCUCAUUGCGCAGCACCCGGAGCUGGAGGUGAUUCUUCCAAACGCCGAAGAUGGCGUCGCAAAGAAGCUACGAAGCGUGUUUAAUCUUCCGCUCUAA